AUGAAUAAAACCUGGGAAACUUUUAGUAAAAAUUAUGAAAAGUUGUUACUCGAGGAAUAUGGGCAUGAUUUAAUUGUAAAUGUAGGAGAGGAGCCAUUGGUGAAAUCUUUUAAAGCACAUAAAGUCAUAUUGGGAGCACAAUCGCCAUAUUUUCGUAGAGCACUUUCGAACGAAUGGGCUAAACAAGAGGAUGGAAAAAUAGUAUUUAACAAACCAAACGUCUCCCCACCAAUAUUUGACGUUAUCUUAAAGUAUAUAUAUACAGGAAGUACUAAUGUAGAAGAACAAGAUGGAGAAUUUAUUUUAUCGCUUUUGACAGCCGCAGAUGAAUUAAUCUUACAAGAAUUUGUUGAAGAAGUUCAACAUUAUUUAGUAAACAAUAGAGCGACUUGGAUACAAGAAAACUUUUGUCAUGUAUUAGAUUUUGCAUUUUCACACUCAACUUAUGGUCAACUGCAAGAUCAUUGUUUAGAAGCAAUUUGUGCAGACCCGCCUUUACUUUUUGAUAGUGAAUAUUUUUAUUGUAUAGAUUCAACCAUACUCAAAUCUUUACUAAAACGGGAUGACUUAGCAAUACAUGAAGUUGAUUUGUGGAAUAAUUUAAUUAAAUGGGCUAACGUACAAAUAACAGAAAUUGAAGCACCUACGAGAAAUUUAAAUGUGGAUGAUGUAGAUGUAGAUUCUACUGAAUGGAGUAAAGAAACGAUGCAAAACUUUCAACAAAUUUUAGCGGAUUGUAUUCCUCUUAUCAGAUUUACUUUAAUGUCACCGGAAGAGUUCAGAGAAAAAGUAUGGCCAUUUAAAGAUUGUUUACCUACAAAAUUAUAUGAUACUAUACUAUGGCACUUUAUAAUGCCAGAAAAACAAUCAUCGCCGUUCUUACCAAGAUUAAAAACCAUUGAUAGUAAAUUAAUAACAUUAAAACAUGCAGCAUUAAUCGCAACAUGGAUUGAUAGGAAAGAAGGUAAAACUUACUCUCAUACAGAAAUUCCUUAUGAAUUUUCGUUGUUGAUGCGUGGAAGUCGGGACGGAUUUUCACAACAAACUUUACAUAAUCGUUGUGGAGGGCAAGCCAAGACAAUUAUGUUGAUGAAAAUUAAAUCAACUGAAGAAAUUUUUGGAAUGUACAUUAGCAGUGUCUGGAGUAAUAAUACGGCUAGACAACAUGAUAGUUUUAUGUUUAGUUUUGGUGAAGGUAGAGAAACGAGAACACCAGUUUUGAGUAGAGUUAGAGCUGCUGGAUAUGAUUUAGCUUUACAAAGAGGUCAAGAACGAGGUAUGGAUGAAUUGGAAAUGUUCAAAAUUACUAGCAAAACUCCUUUUUCCGGUUUUUAG